CGAUCAGCACAAAGCAGGGAGAUGUAAGUUGAAUCGAGGCGACGGUCAGAGAGGUGACAAUGAGGUCGGGCGGUGGAAUGAAUUUCCAGCAGCCGGCCCGACUGUCAAGGUGGAUUCGGCAGAUGUGAGGAUCUUGCAAAUUUCUACUUUUGUCUCGUGGUUUGGAUCUUUACAUUGCCAUCAUUUUUAAAGAGCAGGCAGCAGGGAAGGUGUAAAACCCCAGCUUGGAGCUCAGCCUUGAAAAGAAACUGACAGACUCUAAAUCUCUCAUGACUAUCUGAAUCAAGGAAGACCCUCAACAAGAAGACCACCUUUUUGCUUCAUACUUUGUAUACUUUUGUAUCUGCCUCAGGAAUAUUGCGAGCUUGUCAGUCCAUUUAUCAAGCGGGAGGUGAUUUCUAACACAAGCAAGGCGUGUGACACUUGCCCCAGGGACAAGGCCACCUUUUACAACUAAACACCGUCCCGGACCAGAAGAAGCCUCACUCUCCCAGCUCAUCCACUCGCAGUUCAUCCAGUCGUUUUAAAGAAAAGAUCCAAGAUGCAGGUCUCACUGGUGUGUACCGACCACCGCGGCGGUGUGAGCCGCACCACGGAAGACCGGCUCAACCGGCAAAACGCCAACAGCCCCGGCACAGGGACGCGAAGCAAAUUCCGAGCCGUGGCCAUGGUGGCUCGAAGUCUUGGUCAGCUCUCUGUUCAGAGUGUGCCGUCUUCCAGCGAGCAAAGCAUGAGGACCGGCAUGAAGUAUAGAAACCUUGGGAAGUCGGGUCUGCGUGUGUCCUGCCUUGGAUUAGGAACAUGGGUGACGUUUGGCGGACAAAUUACAGAUGAGAUGGCAGAGCAGCUGAUGACUCUGGCGUAUGAAAACGGCAUCAAUCUGUUUGACACGGCCGAGGUCUACGCUGCUGGGAAGGCUGAGGUGGUGCUGGGGAACAUCAUCAAAAAGAAAGGAUGGAGACGCUCAAGUCUGGUGAUAACAACAAAGAUCUUUUGGGGAGGAAAAGCCGAGACUGAAAGAGGUUUAUCUCGAAAACAUAUUAUAGAAGGUUUAAAAGCUUCUCUGGAGCGACUGCAGUUAGACUACGUUGAUGUAGUAUUUGCAAACAGACCGGACCCCAACACGCCUAUGGAAGAAACGGUUCGAGCGAUGACCCAUGUGAUAAAUCAAGGCAUGGCCAUGUACUGGGGGACAUCCCGCUGGAGUCCCAUGGAGAUCAUGGAAGCAUAUUCCGUGGCACGACAAUUCAACCAGAUCCCUCCGAUUUGCGAGCAGGCCGAGUAUCACAUGUUUCAAAGAGAGAAGGUGGAGGUGCAGCUACCUGAACUAUUCCAUAAAAUAGGUGUCGGGGCCAUGACGUGGUCGCCGCUGGCCUGCGGGAUCAUCUCAGGGAAAUAUGACGGAAGGGUGCCCCCGUACUCUCGGGCCUCUCUGAAGGGUUACCAGUGGUUGAAGGACAAGAUCUUGAGCGAGGAGGGUCGGCGUCAGCAGGCGAAGUUGAAAGAGCUGCAGGCGAUCGCGGAGCGGCUGGGCUGCACUCUGCCCCAACUCGCCAUCGCGUGGUGUCUACGUAACGAGGGCGUCAGCUCUGUCCUUUUAGGGGCGUCCAACACUGACCAAUUGAUGGAGAACAUAGGAGCUAUUCAGGUUCUCCCCAAGCUGUCGUCAUCCAUCACGCACGAGGUGGACAGCAUCCUGGGCAACAAGCCGUACAGUAAAAAGGACUACCGUUCUUAACGCCCGGUAGCCUCAGCGCGUCUCGCCUUUUUGCCUGAUCCUCCGUUUGCUUGAGCUUCAACCCUUGAGCGAGAACCCCCGCCCCCCAUUGCUCCCAUGCCCCAAAACCCCCUCCCUCAACCUGAACCCUCCUGGCGCAUGAGUGUGGUCUCACCAAAAGGCCACCAGGGGGCUCCCUCGCUCACACUUCCAGGGAUAUAAGGAAAAAAAGAGGAAAAAAACUGGCAUCUCUCGAGAGGUUUGCAAGUCAGACUUUGAUUAAGAAAAAGAGUGAAAAACAAAAUAAGCACACGCUGGUUUGGGUGCUCAGAUGUUGUUCUGCCACGCCCAGCAAGCUGAUGGUCAUACGUGAAGAACACGUGCUCUCGUGUUAUCCUCCACGUCGUCUUGUGUUUGUGUCUUUGUCUGACAACAAUCAGCACUUUAGUAUGGUCAGUGUCGGUAUCCUACCGCAUUAUUAGCCCGCACACAUUGCACUAGACAAGAAGAAGUGGCCUCAUGGUAGUUUCCUCAAAUUGACAUCCACCAUCUCUACCAUUUUUUCCAGUUAUUUUAUUGAGAUGCUCCACACUCCUGUUGCCUCUUUCAGUACCCCCCUGAGGCUCUUCCAUCAUCCUCAUAUGCAUAAUUAACACACUUGUGUCUUUAGCAUUAGCAUUUGCUAUACCAAUUAGUUCAAGGAAGCAGGCAACUUUAGUUUUAAUGUUAGUUGGAUGAAGCAGACGUGACAUUUUGAUCACUAUCAGACGGUGUUAAUAUGCUUGUGUCUUAAGUUUUUAAUAUUAACGUCAGCUUUAGCUUUAACGGCUUCAGCUAGAGAAGCAGCCAUCUUUGAUCCUUGUUGUCAUUGAUGGGCUUUAAAUUACCUCCGUCUUCGACUUAAUGUAAGCUUUAGUUUUAACGUUACCUACAGCAAGUAGCUGUUGUUCGCCAUCAAGGGUGUUAACAUUUAUGUGUCUUUAACUUCAGUGUUAGCUAUCGGGAGUUCGGCACCAGAGUGGAACCAAACCCUAAAUAUUUCUUUGCAAGAAAACAUUGUAUGUGUAAGCGCUUUUCAAAACGGAUUAAUAUCACAACCAUGGAAUAAGAAUUAAAUGGAAUCUCUAAUCCGGGUAAAACAUCUUGGUUUUCGUGGCCAUGUUGGCUGUUGUUCACUGUCAGAGGCUAUUAACGUGCCUAUAUCUUUCAUUCCAACAUCGGCUUUAACAUUAACGUAGAGUGAGAAGCUUUCCAUCAAAGGCUGCUUAUGUGCCUAUGUCUUUUUUUAUGCUAAGAGCAUGAUAUCAAACUCGGGACUUGCUAACCAGAGCUCGGGUCUUAAGCUAUUUUAGCUUCAGCAUGUUACCAACAGAAGUAGCCAUCAAGGAUCUUGCUCCCCAUCGGAGAGUGUAAUAUGACAUCUUUCAUGUUAGCUUUGGUCAUUUUGGCUCUUGUGUUGUUGAAUCAGAGAGUGUUAAUGUGCCUGUGUCUUUAGCAUUCAUGUUAAUGCAAGGAAGGAACAUCACAGUAUGCUACCACACCUAUUUUCUUUGCUUUAAACAUGAGCUAAGGGAAGCGGUUAUCUUGACACAUCAUGGGACAAUGAUGCUGUACAUGAUUUUUUUUUUUUUAACCUUUAACAUUGGCUUUUGUAUUAAUGUUAGCGGAAGAGAAAAACAUUUCUCAUCAAACCUGAAGAAAAAUUGUUGUGUGUGUGCCCUCUAUAUGCAUAUGCAGUAUGAAGAUCUGGAGGAUCCCCAGUGGGGUACAUUCAUGCUCGUCUACUUUUUAGUUGCAAAUGUAAUCUUGGCAUAACAAAGUCGCUUUGGCAGCAAGCAGUCUGUGUGAGGAAGAGACAUAUUUUUGUUGUGUGUGUGGCAACAGUUCAGGGAAGCAAGCGGGUGUUUUUUGGGUGGAUUUGUGCUUAACCUAUUUGCUCAGUGCAAUAUCAACGGUUCAAUUAUAAUUACAGUGAACACAAUUUGCAUAUACAAAUGAAUGUUUCUGAGUAGAGAAGCAUGGCUUAGAUCAAAGUACAAAGCCACUUCCCAGUUAUGUUCUUGUUUUCAAUUGAGAAAAUCAACACAGCACUGGUAAAGAGCUUGGAAACAAAUCCACUUUUACACAAGACCUAACCUUAAUUUGAGAAAUUUAAAUAAUGGAUGAAUGGCACAAGACUCAUUGUCAUCCUCUUGGUGGAGGUGACUUCAGAAAUGGAAGCGGAAAAGAAAAGAAUCUAUUUUUAUGUUUUCGCCUGUAACAAUUCAUCAUGAUUCAUCACUUGGCUGCGUUUUUGUCCCUCUCCAUAAGACUGACCAGUUGUUGUGAUUGUGGAGAAAAACGGUCGAGGGAGACAAAGAUCUCGUGUACAUAAUGAGACCUGUGUAUAUAUUAUAGAUACAUUCUAUUCCAGUAGUGAUCGCCUCUGCCUUUUGUUUAUUUUUAUUCAUUUGAAAAAAAAAGUUAUUUUGCAGGCGUUGCUAACUGCACUGUGCUUGAAUCUGAAUUCUAGACAAAGAUGUACAGCUUCAUCAUCAUUAAAAAACUUAUUGAAGAAUGGCAAAUGAAAAA